AUGCAGAAGAGCGUGCGCUACAACGAGGGGCACGCCUUGUACCUGGCCUUCCUAGCCCGCAAAGAGGGCACCAAGCGCGGCUUCCUGAGCAAGAAGGCAACCGAGGCGAGCCGCUGGCACGAAAAGUGGUUCGCCCUCUACCAGAAUGUGCUCUUCUACUUUGAGGGCGAGCAGAGCUGCCGCCCGGCGGGCAUGUACCUCCUGGAGGGCUGCAGCUGCGAGCGGGCACUCGCGCCGCCCAGGGCCGGGGCCGGGCCGGGCGGCGCCCGGGACGCUCUGGAUAAGCAGUAUUACUUUACUGUUCUUUUUGGCCACGAAGGUCAGAAACCACUAGAGCUGCGCUGUGAGGAGGAGCAGGACGGUAAAGAGUGGAUGGAGGCCAUUCACCAAGCCAGUUAUGCAGACAUUUUGAUUGAGAGGGAGGUGUUAAUGCAGAAGUACAUUCAUCUAGUUCAGAUCGUAGAGACAGAAAAAAUUGCAGCUAACCAACUCCGACAUCAACUUGAAGAUCAAGAUACAGAAAUCGAAAGGCUUAAAUCAGAGAUUAUCGCUCUUAAUAAAACCAAGGAACGAAUGCGACCUUACCAAAGCAAUCAAGAAGAUGAGGAUCCAGACAUCAAGAAGAUUAAAAAGGUUCAGAGCUUCAUGCGAGGAUGGUUAUGUAGAAGGAAAUGGAAGACCAUUGUGCAGGAUUACAUUUGUUCCCCUCAUGCUGAAAGUAUGAGGAAGAGAAACCAGAUUGUGUUCACCAUGGUUGAGGCCGAGUCGGAGUACGUUCACCAGCUCUACAUCCUGGUCAACGGCUUCCUGCGGCCCCUGCGCAUGGCGGCCAGCUCCAAGAAGCCUCCCAUCAGCCACGAUGAUGUCAGCAGUAUUUUUCUCAACAGUGAAACAAUCAUGUUUCUUCAUGAAAUCUUUCAUCAAGGACUGAAGGCAAGGAUAGCCAAUUGGCCUACUUUAAUUUUAGCUGAUCUGUUUGAUAUUUUGCUCCCCAUGCUGAACAUUUAUCAAGAAUUUGUGCGUAAUCACCAGUACAGCCUCCAAGUGCUCGCCAAUUGUAAGCAAAACAGAGAUUUUGACAAACUCUUAAAACAGUACGAAGCUAACCCUGCCUGUGAGGGGAGGAUGCUGGAGACGUUCUUGACCUAUCCAAUGUUUCAGAUCCCCAGGUAUAUCAUCACACUUCAUGAACUCCUAGCCCAUACUCCCCAUGAGCAUGUGGAGAGGAAAAGUCUGGAGUUUGCUAAAUCCAAACUAGAAGAACUGUCCAGGGUCAUGCAUGAUGAAGUGAGUGACACUGAAAACAUAAGGAAGAACCUCGCCAUAGAAAGAAUGAUCGUAGAGGGCUGUGAUAUUUUGCUGGACACUAGCCAAACUUUCAUCCGCCAAGGGGCCAUGAAAAACAGCAACACAAUAAUAGUAAAGCACGAGUGGGACAGUAAAUUACAUUCUGACUGGACUCUUCUCCUCAGUGGACCGGACAUUCUCUACAGCUCCAGGGAGGACAGAUUGCUCUGGCCGAUUGGAGUGGCAGUGCCAGGUGGUGACGACAUCCAGGCAAAGGCCCAAGAGAAACUUGCAUUACUCAGAGCCCUUUCCCAUAGCAGUGGGGACAAUAUCCGAAGUGAAAACAGCUGUCUCUUGUUCCCAUUUUUCAUCAGCACUUCUGGAUCGGCCCCACAUGAUAUGAUUUGAUUCAAUUGGUAACUCCAGUUGCCAGAUGAAAUGUCUCACUAUCAACUUGCCCUGCCAUAUUUCGAUCAGGGCGAAGGUAUCAUGUUUGAGGGGUGUGCUUUGGGGGCAUCACCCAGUAAAUUGAGCUUUUGAAGAGUUGAAGAUAUUUGUACUGUGAAACUGUAGAGAAGCAACAACCUAACAGUCCAUAUUCCUCCAUGGCUUUCAUUACAGAGUGCAGGAUGUAAACCACACUCCAAGUUCUUUUUAAGUGCUCAGGUGUUCUGGGGGCAGGGGAGCAUGCCCCACAAAAUCGAUUUGUGGCAAUAUGUUGCACACAAUCAUAAUUUUGAACUUGGUGAGGAGUGGCAUAUAAAUUUGGAACUAGAAUUAGCCUUUAAUGUGGUUUCUGUUUAUAACAUGCCAAUAUUAUUUGAAGAUAUUUGCAUUUCUAGUGCGUACCAAAAUGUGCUGCUUAAAAUCUUUUUUUACCUCGUCAAACAAGGCAUUAUUUGUGCUACACACGUUAAUUUUUGCACAGAACACUUAAAAAAUUUACCACAUGCUGUUCUAUUUUCCAUAUUUAUUUACAAGGAGAGAAAUCACACAUACGUUAAAGUUUGGAAGUAUAUUUCGGGUCAUGAUACCUUUCUCAUUUUUGGCUUUAAGUAUUAAUUUUUCUUUAAGUAAUAGUGGACUCUAAUGCUGACAACAUCGGGCCUUCCUAAAUCCCCCUCUAUUCCUCCGUACAGACCGUGUCCCCAUAUUGGCUUCCUGCCUUCCUGGCACUUGUCUGCUUCUGUGCCUUUACAUGUGCUGGCCCUAGCCUGGACACCAGGAAUGCCCUUAUCCACCUUUCUUGUGCCUAUGGAAGGUCUGCCUGUCCUACUAGGCUCAGGUCAGACACCUCUAAAGAGCCUUUUAAAUUUCCUUCUCAUCUUCCCCUCCUCUUCCCUCCAGUUAGAAUGAAUUUACCGUCCUCAUCAUUUCUGAGCCCCUUUGCUCCUGGUGCAUGUAUUUCAUCCACUUGCUUGCAUGCCUGUCUCUCCCAGUAAUUGUAACUCUGAAGGGCAGUUUUUAUGAAUUCUCUCUUGCCUAGUACAAUGCUUUCCAUUAUAGAUACCUGGAAAAUGAACAAUGGAUUAAAUUGAAUUGCUUGUUGAAUACUGCAGUUUUGAAUGUCAGCUGUCUUGUUUUGUAUUCUUCUUGUAAUUGGAGUUCACUGAAAAAUACUUACUAAAGGACUUGAGAUGUAUACUAUGUGAAAAUGGUAACAAAAGUUUUUAUAACUAGUAUUCAAUUUCUGAAAGGACUUUGGACUGAAAAGUAUUAUUACACAUAAACAUUUAACAUAUUUCUACAAACUUAGUUGAAAACUGCUAGAAGGUCGAAUCCAAUGAAAAAAUCAUAUGUUUUUUCAUUGCACCUGGAGGAAAAACAGUCAUGAGCCACCUCUCCCUUUGAUUCAUGUCCAGAUGUUAUUUAUUGCUUGUUCUGUACUACAUGUUUGAGGUGCUUCUGUCAGCUAUUAAUAUAUCUGAUGUUAUUGCUGUAUUGAUGUUGAUAUAAUGAUUUGCCUUUCAGCAGUAUUUUUCCGUGUUGUUUGGUUUGGUUAGUCUGUUUGAAAAUUAUUCAAUAAAGGUGGUUUUAAAAAAUCAAACCUUAAUCUGAAAGUAGAAAGUAAUCCA